AUGGUAUAUCCAUACCUUAAUGCAGGAGUGAAAGCCUCUAGUUACAGCAGAGGAAAAAUAAGGGAAGGCAUUUUUGAGCAAUGGUUAAGAAGACACAGACCCAUGCUAGAAGUUUACCCAGCAGCCAAUGCACCCAUUGGGCACAAUCGAGAAAAUUAUAUGGUUCCCUUCAUCCCUCUCUACAGAAAUGGAGAAUUUUUUACACCAUCAAGGGAGCUGGGGUAUGACUAUGAGUAUCUGCAAGAACCAGCACUUGGUUCUUUCCAGGACUUUUUAAUCCCCUACCUCGAGCAAGCCCGUCAGAUCUGGCCCUGGCUGGUCGGCGCAGCUGUGAUCGGAGGCAUAGUUACUGCUGUGCUCUCUGGGCUCAUCCUGGCCUGCAGAAAGAAAAGAGCAGGAACUUCUCCAGAAAUACAACCCUUACUCACAGAAAGUGAGGAUUACAACAAUAUAUCUUAUCAAUCCCAUUUCUGAAGACCUCCAGUAUCUCAGUGAUGUUUCUAAGGUGCUAGUCAAGCAUGCAGUGUUUAUGUUUACAAUGACCUUGUUGAGCUGUGCUACAUAAGCUGGCUGGGCUGUCCUACUCCUUCUGCCUCUUGUAACAUCCAGUGUUAUAGUACCUUAUCAGCUCCAGUACUCCAAGAUCUCUCGUAUUCAACAUGUUACCAUGCCACCCAAGGAACAGAGUGUAUUUCCAAUGCUUGAUUAAACAAUGC